AUGAAUUAUUUUUCAUUAAUAUUCCUAUUAAUUCUUAUUCCUAUUAUUUCAUGUAAUUCAAUAUAUUUUCAUUCCGAAACUCGUUCAACACGCCUAGUUAAUCGUACAUUAUUUGGUUCAACAACUGAAUGUAGUAUACGUUUAGGUGGAAAACAAUUUACAUUGAAAUUUUAUCGAAUGAUCACAUGUCGUUAUGUUGAAAAUAUUUCCACUAUUUACCCAUAUUUAUUAAAAUAUUCUCAUGAUAUAUCAACAUUAGAAAUAACAGAUUCAACUAUAAAAAAUUUCAAUAUAAAACAAUAUGCAAAAGUAUUUCGUAAAUUUGAAUUUUUAAUAUUUCAUCGAACAACAAUUGUAACAAAACAAUUAUGUCCAUUUAAUUCUUUAUCAAAAAAUUUAUUAUAUUUACAUUUAACACGUGUAUCACCUAGUUUAGAUAAAUUAUUUUCUAAUUCAACAUGUUUAAUUAUGAAACGUCUUCAUGUUCUUAUACUUGAUCAUACAGAUUUAGGUAAUGAAAAUUUAUUAAUUGAAAAAUUUCCUAAUUUACAUAUAUUACGUUUAAAUUUUUCAUCAUUUAAUCAUCCAUUAAAUUAUACAUAUAUUCGAUCGUUUUCUUAUUUACAAGAUUUUUUAUUAAAAGUUAAUGAUGAUUGUCAUCGAUGUGAAUAUGAAUGGUUAAAAUAUGCAACACGAGAUAAUAAAUAUGUACUUUUUCAUAUUAGUACAAAUUCUGGUUGUAUGGAUUGGAAUAGAGAUGGAAAAUUUCUAAAAUGGCAACAUGCACCACUUUGUGGUACAUGUUCAUUACCAUUAAUUAUUAAUCGAAUAAAAACAAAUAAUAUUUGUAUAAUGGAAGAUGGAAUAACAGAACAUUAUUGUAAAGCUUUUUAUGGACAACAAAGUUUAUUUCAAUUGUGGACAAAUACAUUUGAUAAUAAAACUAAAUAUAUUACGCAAUAUCCUUCAACAAGAAGGCCAAAACAACAAUUUAUGAAAUCAAGAUAUACAACUUCAAUGGUUGAACGAUAUAAACGAGAUAUAAACAAUACAUUUGCAACAACGACAUUAUCAGUUUUGAUAACUAAUCAUUCAAAUGUUAUUUCUCCACCAUCAAUAACAAAUAUAACAAAAUCACAAACAACAACAACAACAACAUUAUCUCAUUGGCAAUCUCGUCAUCUUGUUACACGAAAACCAACUGAUUUAUUCAAUAGAUCUUAUUGUAAUCCAAUUAUAGAUAAUCCAUAUCGACCAAAAAUUCGUUUCAAUAGCCCAUCAUUAAUUGAUCAAUUAAUAAAUAUUUCUCAUCAAUAUACACCAAAUUGUUCGAAUAUUCAAUGUAAUAUCCUUCAAUCUGAUUAUCUCGGUCCAGUGUGUUUAAAAAAUGGUUUAACAUAUGCAAAUAUAUGUGAAAUUAUAUUUUCAUUAUGUACAAAACAACUCGAUCUAUUUAAUUUACAAAUUGAUUAUUUUGGUUCAUGUGUAAAUAAUUGUUCAUUAAUAUCACGUUGUUUUUCCGAUAAUGAAAUAUGUAUAAUGACACCUAAACCACAUUGUACGUCUCGUCAAAGAAAUUGUACUGGUUUUUCACCUGUAUGUGAUACAUAUGGUAAAACAUUUGUUAAUCAAUGUCAUUUAUCAAAUUCGAUAAUAUUAAAUCAACCAAGACAAUUAGCAUAUCGUGGUCCUUGUCGAUUAAAUCGACAAUGUAAAAAAAAAUUAUGUCAACAAAAUGAAAUAUGUGUUCAAACACAAGAUAAAUAUCAUUAUCCUGCUUGUAUUAAUUGUCAAUUAGAAGAACCAAUGAAAUAUUGUCCAUUUGAAUUAUUUUGUGGUGAUAAUAAAAGACAAUAUAUUAAUCGUUGUCAAUUACAUUAUGAACGUUGUCAAUCGAAAACAUUGAUUCAAAUCGAUUAUUUUGGUUUAUGUCGUACACAUGAUAAUGAAUAUGAUGAUAAAAUUUAA